AUGAAAAUACGUGAAGCUGUUGUGUUUCUAAUCAGCACUGUCAUUCUGCUCUGCUACUUCUACUCCUUUAUACUCGAUGAAAUUUCUAGAGGACAGCUUGACAUCAAGAAAGCAGAGUACGUGGCUCUAUGUAUCGAGGAUAUAACUCCCUUGUUGGAGCCCAGACUCUCUUCCAAAGAUCAAUCAAACAAAAUUACACACAAGAACGUAGCAAACGGAACAACAGCAGACACGCAGACUAUGACCGAUGAAACGAAUUUUGUAGCAUUGUCAAGAAAUUUGCAACGAAUCACUGAAGGGCAUAAGAUAACAACAGCAAAAGACAUUUUCGAAUAUUGUCCGUUCGAGCCAUUGGAUCCAUGGCGUAAGGAGUUAGCAGAACACAUUCAUGACAAGCACGGAUUCAAGAAUUGUACUGUGCGAGAAGAGCUCCGUCCAAAAACCAAGCUCUUAAAUGGAACGAUUUCGGUCUCUGGUACAUCUGGUCUAGUCUGCAAAGGACGUUGUCUUUGGUAUGUUAAUGAGCAUUCGACCAAGUUUGGGGAGUGGGAGAAUAUCAGCUACAAGUUUCCUUGCGAUUUUGUUGAGACAGCAUGCAGUAUGAAUCAAUUUAAUGAAGCCUAUUCAACACGAUUUGUGCAUAAACAAAUUGUAGAGCAAAGGAACAAAAGUGAAAAAAAGCUGAACCUUGAGGAGCAUCCAGACUUGCACAUAAUUAUCUUGGACUCAGUGGGCUCGUCGCACUUUAUAAGGGCCACGCCGCUAUACGCACGGAAAUCGGCUAUUGUGGAGAUCAGGGCCGUACGAGAUCAGGCCCGAGUAACAAUAGAGGAAGUCGAAAGGAUUGUUAUGAACUUGCCUCAAAUGAACGCUGAUCUGUCAAAGAAAGAGCACUGCGAAACGUUUUUGGAUGAUCACGAGUUUAUACCUUUCGAGUAUAAAAGAAAAGGCUAUAAGACUAUAAUGGUGGAAGACUAUAGUGAAGGAAUUCUGACCUACAAGGCCUGCUUAGGAAUGAAAGCGGAACCGCAUCAUCAUACGUACAGAGUUUUUGAGAAUAAAAGAAGAGAGGACGAAGAACUGCAGAAGAUUUUGUGGGAAGGCCUCUAUGUUCCAAAAUUUUCGAUGUCCUGGAUGGUUGACCUUGCUCAUGACGAUGCAGGAAAUCUCUACUCGAACGACUACGAUAUUUACACUUUUCUCAAAAAACAUAGAAAAACGCUGAAAAAUUCAUUCUUCUUCUUCUACGGAGAUCACGGCUGCAAAUUUGGAGAGGAAUGUGAAGUUGCAGGAAGAUCAGAAGUUUCUAACCCGUUUCUGUACAUCGUGAUUCCGGAACGCUAUCGACAGUCACCGAUAUAUAAACAGCUUCUGAAAAAUAGUAAAGAGCUUGUGACACCUCAUGACCUUCAUUCGACUUUCAAGGAUAUUCUAUAUUUUCAACCACAAUACAACUUCACGGACAUCAGUUUCAAGAACUUCACAAGUAAUCCACGUGGAUUCUCGUUACUUCGUCAAUUUCAAGCGAAUAAGAGCCGUAACUGCAAAACUUUGCCGAUUCCCUACAAUUACUGCCUAUGCCAAUAUGGAAGGAAACCUGUAAGGGAUAUACUGGAAGAUCACGGCAAUGUGACACUUAAUCAAAUGUUUGGACAACCUGCUAUCGAGAGGCUCAAUAAGAUCUUGAGUUUCCAUUCUUCGGAAUGUCAUCCACUAGUGCUGAAAAAUGUGACAAAAGUUGAACUCUUUGUGCUUCCAAAUAAUGAAUCCGUGAAAUUUGAAGCAAACGCUUACGAUGUGACUUUCGCUGUAUCGGGACCAGUUGAGGCAAUAUUCAAAGUUCCAUUUCGUGUAGAAGGUGAUGUUGUGAUACUCGGAUCAAAUACAUUCACGCGAAUAGAUGUUGACGAAGUUGUGACAGCAGAAGAAACAUGGAAUUGUAAAAAUAGAGCAAUUGCGGGCAAAUCAUUAGAAGAAAACGACAAGCAGCCUUUCUCGUACUGGAUCUUACUUUUGAGUGCACAGCCAUCACCUUGCGAUUUUGAAUACCGCCUCUUGGUAUUCGUUAUGAUAUGGAAAUCAAUAGUCUUAUAG